AUGCCGUCCCAGAACCACCACCACCGCUGGGCCCGCGUCGCCGACGACAAGGGCCCGUUCCGCGCUCGCGUCGCGCCCCCGACGUACACCGUUCUGCGUCAUAUCCUCGACCACGCCCGCGCCGAGGCCGUCACUGCCGCCGUCCGCCGCCCCGACGACGCCUACGCCCGUCAGCGGGCGCGCCUCGACAAGGCGUACCGCGAGAACGCGACGGCGUGUUGGGCCCUCGUGCCGGCCGUUCGUUGUCGUUCGUCGCAAGCGUGGGGCCACGAGUUCUGCGCGCUCGUCGUCGUCGCCGCCGACGACGCCGGCCCCGAGGUCGUCGCGGCCCUCGCUAAGCUCCGCUCUGGGCCGUCCCCGAGCGUCUCCAUCGACCUCGCGAGGCUCGUUCCCCUCGGCGCCUGCCUCGCCGCCACCUGUCGUCGUGCCGCCUGUGGCAACCUCGCCCCACGGACCGACCGCGCCCCCAAGGGCGCGCUGACGUACGGUGCGUGCAAGGCGCACGUCUUACACGACUCGUUCGUCGCUAUUCAGCGCCUCGCGGUCGAGCUGGCCGACGCCGCCGACGACCGCCGCAACCCCGCUCGCCGCGUCUACGAGGCGUAUCUUCGCAACGCCCCGGCGUUCAAUGACGCCGUCGUGUGGCUCGGUGACGAGCAACGUCAGGCUCGCGCCCGGGGUAAGGCGGUCGCGCCGCCCCCCAAGCCGGACGUGAAAAGCCGCCUGCGCGCCAACCUGCGCGCGCACGAGGGUGCCGCCCGCGAGGAGGACGAGGAGGACGAGGAGGAGGAGGAAGAAGAGGAGGAAGCGGAGGAGGAGGAGGAGGAGUGGAGCCGCCCGGAGGGGAGCCGGGACGCCGAGCGGCGCCGAGGGAAACGCCCUCGCCGCUCGCCGUCGCCUGCGCCCGACGACUAUUGA